CACACGCGUUUACGCAAAGCCGCAGGCGAGUGUGAGAGCAUCAGGGUGAUGCAGGCAGCGCCAUGAAGGACGGAGGCUGGCGGCGGCUGCAGCGGGACUGAAGCUGCUCCCGUCACUCCACCAUGAUCUCCGCAUCGCACCGACUCACUGGCGGACCGGCUGUGUUGAUCUUGGAUCACACUAACUGGAGAGCAUUGGAGUUCUUUUAAGAUGACACGCACGCAUCCCCCUGAUAUACUGGCAUCAACUCUGUAUCAGGAUAUUGCACUAAACCCUAUCACUGACCACUCAAUUUCUCUCAAUUCCUCCAAGAAAUGUGACUUGACAAUGAUUGAUAAGUCAGAGAUCAUCAACAAAAGACACUGCCGUAGUUUUGACUUUAUUGAGUCGCUGGAUGAUCCACAGUCCUUCUCUUCCUCAAUGCAGUACCCUUACAAGAGGUCUGAGCAUCAGACAUUAAACAAAGAUCUAUGGAAUGGACUUGAUCAGCCGGGACAUCUUCGCUUUUCAUCUCCUGAUCUUUUCAACACCAAACAGUUCCAGCAGCAUAAUAACCAAGACAAAACCAGCUAUCUGACAUGGUCAGAUUCCAAAAAGAGAUCGAGAUCUAAAAGCGCUCCGAGAAUCAAAGCAACCCUCACACCUGUGCCCAUCUCUGUGUCUCCACCGGGGGCAAGGAAGGGGAGGGAUGGACCUCAGGCUACACCAGAUACUUUGAGGACCGCUGAAACGCAACGAGAACACUCAAGCAGGGCUUUUUUGAAUGAGGUGCACCCUAUCAAACUGCAACCUCACUCUCCUCUGUAUGUCUCAGACUGUUUUGAAGAGGCUAAACCAGAUAAACCCACCACAACACCUCAUGUUAGGUGCCGUGUGGACAUUAAGCCUGAUGCUGCUGUGCUGCAGCACACAUCAAGGCAGGUUCCUUAUGCACAGUCUGAGCAUCAUUGGCAAAGGUACUCACAGGCCAGUAGCAGGAGUGGCUUGUAUGUACCACGACAUGUUGUCUCCUCACCAACGCCCACUCCAAGCGAAUGCUACAGUGGAGAUUUUAAACAAGGAUAUCACUAUGCCACCAGCAUGUCUCCCAUCUCUUACCAGCAUGUAGAUAUGCACAGGAUGUCUUCACCAACAGCACCAUAUCUGAGUCAAGAACAAAGAGCUUACUCAAAUCCAAACAUACCUACCAAGUUUUUCUACACAGAGGAUGCUGUUCGGUAUCCAGUCCAUCCCUACUCAAGAACAUACUUUCAAGAUGAUCGUUCCAGUCUAACCAGCCUUGGUAGUACAAUGCUUGGUAGCACAAUGACUGGUCCAUAUGAUACCAGGACUCGAUUGGUACACACACUUCCUGUGAGGUCGUAUUACACAGACGGCUUUAGCAACAGAGAGACAGCACAUUCUGCAUAUAGCAGGCCUUACCCAACAAGUGAGGCUGGAUCAUACUUUUCUCAAAAUCCAUUGUCUAGACCUUACUGUGGGGAGGACAGUCAGUUCAAUCCCUACCAUGGGAGUAACCCGAGGUUGUUUUAUUCCAAACCAAUCAGUUCUCCUGAGGAACAGUUCUUUCCAUCAAGGCCAUAUCAUACAGAGGGUCAUCGACGCCCUCGAAUGUCCCAGGCCUUUUCAGAUGACUGGUAUCGUUCAAGUAUAUCUGGGUAUUCAAACCAGUCCUCAUAUUCCACCCCCCCAAGAGUCAGGCAAGACCUUAGUAUACCCCCAUGGUUUACAAACAGCUGUGGAGAGACAAGCCGUCUAGGAGCAUACGUCAAAAACCACUCCCAAUCUUGGGACAAUAUUCUGUAUCCACGACAUGAGACGGAGCAAUCUGUGCCCCGUGGACGAAGCUAUGAGAACCUGUUUUACCAAGCAAGGCAUGGGGCAUCAUCUGAUGCUACAUCUAAACCUGUCAUACUUAACCUUUCAAGUUCACCGAGACGCUAUGCUGCUCUGUCUCUAUCAGAAAACUCCUUGGAGAAAGGUUCAAGCAAUCCUUGGAAGAACUCCAAGAGUGGACAUUGGUUUGUUACACCCGAGAUCACCAUAACGGACAAUGACAUAUGUGCAGAUAACAGCAGGCGACAAGAUGCCCAUUCUGUUGGCUGGAAUACAUUGGACAAUAAGAAAACACCAUCUGUAAGGGUAGUGCAUCACCAGCAGUCCUCUAAUGCAGCAGACACUUCCAAAGAAAGGAAACACAAUAACUUCUCCCUCCAACAAAGUCUAGAACAACUCGAUGAGCUCUUGGCAGAUUUGGUUGUUGACUACAAACCACCAACCAGCAGGAAGUCAAGUGAAAACCUUCUGGACCAGUUAAAACAUCUCAUCACUGAAGAUGAUGACAGAAACAAAGAAUCUUCUGGACUCGAAAACUUAGGUUCUCUAAACACACAACUUCCAUCUUCUAAAUCCAGCCCAGACACAAUCAAGGACCCUGAUAGUGGCUGUGAUGCUUUACAAAGGAGUGCAGAAGAAUGUUCUCCAGACCACAGCACAGAUGAGGAUGACACUAUGGUGUGUGCCAAUAAGAAGUGCAACCGGAGUGAAAGCAUGUUCAAUGCUUGCUUGUACUUCAAAUCAUGUCACAGUUGCUACACAUUCUACUGCUCACGAAAUUGUCGCAGGGAUGACUGGGAGACACAUAAGGAGACAUGCCUGUAUGGUCGUGUUAGCAGUGUGUGUCGGCACACUCUUAAGUUUUGCAGAGAGAAUUUAGAUAUCCACAAAGCUUUCUCACGCAUUGCUAAAGCUGGCUACCUCUCCAGAGGGAGAGGUGUUCUCUUUCUUGGUUUUGCUAACCCAGAGACAGCUGAUCACUUUCUGCAAGUGGGUCUCGAAAGCCUCCUCAUUUCUCCCACAUACUUGUCUCUUAGAGAGCUGGAUGGCUUCAAGGACAACCUGGGGGAAUACUGCAAGGAACUUCAGCAAGCGGGAAAUGAGUACGACCCCAAUGAAUGUUUCCUUCUGAAUGUAUCCGUGGCUGUUGGUGAACUAGUGCCUAACAGACCUUCACCAAGGGUCCAAACACCAACAGUUCGAAAAUAUGCAAAGGUGUCCUUGGCCUCUUCAAGUCCUGACAAAAAAGUGCUCAAGAAGGAUAGUGAAAUGGAAACUCUUAUCCUCACUCCACCUCCAGGCACACCAGACAUUGACAAGGAAGGAGAGGAGGGACGCAAAGCCAGAGAGGUGUGCUUUGUCAAUAUCCAGCGUGAGCUCAGAACCAGGGGAGUCUUCCUUCGUCACGAGUACCCCAAAAUCUAUAAUCAGCUGUGUGAGUUUGUGGAGAGAAACAAACGGUUCACUCCCACUACGAUUUACCCGAUAGAUCGGAGAACAGGAAAACAGUUUAUGUGCAUGAUCAUGGCUGCGUCUGAGCCAAGAACACUAGACUGGUUGGGUACACCUCAUCUCUUGGAUGAUAUUAUAUAACACACCCCAAAUAAAAAUGAUAAUGAUGUCAGCAACACUAAAUGUACUUAUUGUAAAUACAUGAUGUGAUUUAGCUAACUGAACACUAAUUUAUUAAUGUCUUUAUAUAUUUGAGUAAUCUAUCUCUUUGGCUCCUUACUUUCCCUAGUUCUGUCUGUAUCAACACAAACACACACAACGUCCACACGUACACACACACUGACUGUAUACAUGCACUUUUGAGAGUUUACCUGUAUUUUAUGGCUUGUUCUGAUCCUGUUGCACUCAGAAAUGCAUUGCCUGCAUGUAGACAAGGCUCAAUCUCAGCUAUCUAGGUGUGUAAGAUGUACAAAGACAAAAUGAAGCACACAAUAUUCAGGAAGUUUAAUUGUCUUCACAUAAUUUUUAACACAUCUAGAUCCCAUGUUGUAAAAGUAAUCUAAUUUUGAUUUUCUCCAUAACAUGUUAUAUCAUAAAUCUACAUUGGACCAUAUUGCCAUUGAUUGUGGUAACACGAUUAAAUGAUAAUAAUUAAGUAUUAUUUCCUUGGUAAGCUGUAGUUGUAUGGAUUUCUGAUUAUUAAGUUAGUUCUUCAUUCACAGAGAGGUACAAUCAAAUUAUCUAUUUCUUUCCCCACUUUUUAUGGGUUUAGUUGCUGCUUAUCUCAUUGUGUGAAAAAGCUUGAUGUCAUUUCUUGCAUAAAUUGCUUUGUUUGAAAGUGGCCUUCAUUUGAAAACAAACAAAUGCAUUUGACACAAAGCAAUGUAUGGGGUUAGCUAUUUUUAAAGGCUUGAAAAUUCUAGAUAUAGUUUGUUUGAACUACCAUUGUAAAUAGAUAAUUAUUUUGCUCAAAGCACGUUAUUUAUAUUCAAGUAUUUUAUUAUUGAUAUUGCUUAUAAGUAAAUUUAUUAUGUUAAUAAGAUACCAUUUGAUGCUUAGUAAUGUAUAAGGUAUAUUAUAUAGUAUAUAUUAAGUAUUAGAUCAUUUGAAAAUCAUUACCUAGAGACCUUAUUGAAAAUGAUACCACACUAUGUUCUUAAUUAAAACAUAUGCAAUAAAAGAGCAACCUUAAUAUCUAUAUUGUAAAAUCUUAUUUUCUUAAAUAUAAAGAAUAAUACCUUUGAAUUCAGAACAACAAUGACUCUGUUUGCACUGACACAUAAAUGAUUAAACAAGAAUGCUCCUAACUUACAGUAUCUGCAGCACUGAACUCGGACAUGCCUGCUUUGAUUGCCAUAAUUCACUAAUCUAAGGUUGCUCUUUUGCUUGAUUGUGUAUCUUUGUGCAAGACAUUCUAUUUUGUGAUGUUUAUAAUCUAUAUAUAAAUAUAUA